AUGAUUCUACACUUUUUGCUUUUGGCGGUAGGUGUCUUGCUGGCACCUACUUCAAAGGCAGCCUUACAGCCAGCCAGAUUUCCUUCUAAUGCUCUUCAUAAAGUUGAUGUUGGGCUGAAUAAUAUUGAUGGAACAGUGGCCGCUUUUGCUGAUUUCAACUCUGACAAGUUCACAGACGUACUCGUACUGAGUGCCGAUCAGCAAAAUAUAUACGUUUACGUAUGGGAUCAUGCCAAAGGACAAUUUAUAAAAUCUCCCAGCGCCACGAUUGCAAUUGAACCUAACGACUUUACAAUAACCAACGUUCUUCCUGGCGAUUUUAAUUACGAUGGGAAUCUUGAUGUACUCGUAAUGGGUCCUAAUACCAAGAGUACUGAUGAAUUGAUAUUGCGAGUAUACCUUGGAGAUGGAUCGAGUCAAUUCAAUACAACUUACUUGAAAGUACCGUCUGCUAUGUCACCUCAACCUAUUCCUUUUGAUUUCUCUGGGAAUAUGACGACGGAUCUUUUGGGAUAUCGAUAUGAUAACAAUCCCGAUAAAAAAUUAUCACUCUGGAAGAACAUUUACAACGCGGAAAGCGACGUUCUAUUUGAAGUAUCCGAUCUACCUAUAGACGAAACUGCCACGCCUCCAUGUAAAUUAGCCGACCCCCAUUCUAAUGCGUUUGUAGAUUUGAACGGCGAUUGCUUAUCAGAUUUAUUCUUGACGUGUCAGGAUGAUAAUGAUGUAAAGUCAUUUCAAAUAUGGAUUAAUGACAAGGAGAAUGGGUUUGUUCUCAAAGAAGACGGCAACUUCCCUGAAGGAACUGGACAGAUAUCUUUUGCUGAUCUCGAUGGGGAUGGUACGAUAGACAUGAUUUUCCCAGUGUGCAGUAAAUCAUCAUGUGAAAUACAUACGGCAUACAACAGACAGAUACCUCUGUGUACAAAUAAGAAGGAUACCAACUGCAGACAGGCGGCUCAACUAUGUACAGCAGAUCCCAAGUUUACUUUUGAUUUGAGACAAAGUUCGGAUAAUGAUGCGUAUGUGGUAAUCAAGACAGAUAGCUUGCUCGGUGGUGGCAUGAUUGUAACCAACGAUGGCGAAUUCAAAGGUGUACUACCAGUACCAAUACGAAUAGGCGACUAUAAUCUUGACGGUUAUCCAGAUCUUCUAGUUAUUAGUUCAAAAGACGGUGAUUCAUAUGUAUCGUUGUUGCGCUCUGAACCGUGUCAGGACGGAUGUCUUCCAAGCGCUCAAAGACGCACAUUCGUUAAAGUUAAUGAAGGAGCUGAGGAUCUUGGAGCACUUAAAAACGCUAAACAAGCAGCCUUUUUCGAUCUUGACGAGGAUGGGACUUUAGAUAUCAUAGUUCUUGGCUCUUCAGGAUCCGGGAAUGCUGCGAGAGAAGUGCACGCCAUACAAAAUAACUAUUUUAAUGACGCAUUUUUUGUCAAAACACUUGUACUCAAUGGUGUAGAGAAGAAACAAAAUUUUGGAGUAAACUAUCCUGGAGCCGCGUUCAAGUUCACAGUUCUUGACACUUCAGGAAAGAAGAGGGCAAAUCAAGUUGCCCAAUAUUCGCAAGCUGGUUACUUUUCGAUGCAGACACCUUAUUCUCUAUUUGGACUCGGACGUACAAAUAACUAUGUUGAAGAAUUGUUUGUGGGAACAACGCGAAAUCAAACUGAUCACUACAGCACCUUUUCAGGAGUAAUACCAAAUUCACAGUUGAUAAUUAUUCCAUAUCAGCCAAACGAUGUAGAAAAUCCUAGCACAUGGACUCUUGAAUUGUAUAUUCAUCCUGGUGAUUGGGUUCCUUGGGUGUUGAUCACUCUGAUAGCAGCUACGGUAGUACUUGCUCUAGUGGUGUUUACAUUGAAUUGGAUGGAAAAGCGAGAGGACGAGCUGGAAAAGCGUAAGGCGUUACACGUUAUAAACUUUGAUGCAUUGUGA